AUGGCUUAUAAUAUGGGUGCUGGAAGUGCUUUUGGUGGAUUUGCUGGUGGUUAUAAUCAAACUCCCGUUGCUGUUCCCGGUGGAGUUGUUAUUCCUGGUGAAGUUAUUCCAAUUUCAAGCGAAGUAAUUACAAUGGGUACUAAUUUACCUUCGGUAAAUCCAAAUACUUAUCCUGGCACAGUUCAUUUUGGCCCAUCAACUACAUUUGUUGGUCCAUCAACUGGUGCAUUUUUACCUGGUGUCGGAAUUGUUGAUCCAAAUCUAGCAGCCGCUGGAGGUCUCAAUCUCAAUGGUGGUUUCUAA